AUGCAUUCUGGGUAGGGAAUUAUAGCAAAGAUGGCGGCGACCUCAGUAGGACGCGUUUUGACACUUUGCAGACAGUUUCAAAACGCUUUUAGGAUUUCUACAUCAUUAGCCGUCCAACAGUCUGCUCUCACUUUGACCAAAUCUCAGUCUUAUCUUGAUAGGUUAACGUAUCCACUUUUGAGCUCAAAUUGGCACUGUCAUGUUGGCCAGUGUCGGCCUCUGCACACUACCAUCAGCAGAAGAGGACUUGAGGAGUUUUUCGACAUACCUGAAAACUGGGGGGAGGCAACAGUGAAGUCAGGAGCACCAUGGACUGCCAAGCAACUAAGGACGAAAAGUAAUGAAGACUUACAUAAGCUCUGGUAUGUGCUCCUGAAAGAGAAGAACAUGCUGCUUACCAUUGAGCAGGAGUCCAAAAGGCAAAGAAUUCAGAUGCCAAGUCCAGAGCGCCUAAAGAAGAAAUUGAGACAACCCUUAUCUCUUCAGAUCGAAAGGUCCAUGAAGAGACUAGACACAGUGGUGAAGGAGAGAGAAGACGCCCUCCGCCUGCUGCAAACAGGCCAGGAGAGAGCAAGACCUGGGGCCUGGAGAAAGGACAUCUUUGGACGGGUCUACUGGUACCGGUUUAGAGAGCAUGCCCUUCCUUGGUACAUGAACAAGAGAUACAAACGCAAACGUUUCUACACACCAUUAUUUGUCACCCCCCACAUAAGGCUUCGUCUAGAGAAACACCUCCGUGCUAAGACCAGAAUACAGAACAAGGAGAGAGAAAAACAAACCGUACUCCAGGAGAAGUUUCCCCAAAUUAAGGCCCAGUCAUCAUAAAGACCUUCAUUGACCAAGAAACAUUCUCCCUCCUGCAAUUCACAUUGGAGCAUGUGACUGUAUCCCCUGUUUUUUGCAUAAACGUGUCUGUCAUCAGCAUUUAUUUAAUGUACUUUUUCAUGUUGGUAAACUGGCAUUUAUGUCUUCCUCUGUAUCAUGAUGCCUUGAUUAUGGUUAUUCCUAUUAAAGUGAUGUACAGACACUGUGUGCCA